AUGACGCUGGGAGAAGCUGUCUUGCCUCAGUCCUGUAAAGAUGCUGAAGACAGGUUCUACAGCAAAGAAACCCAGAGAUGCUGCUAUCGGUGCCCCACAGGGUUCACGCCAAAGACCAAAUGCCCUACUGAUCGCCAAAGUGACUGUGAGAAGCAGUGUGGACCAGAUCAGUUCCUGAACUAUGAAGAACUGACACCCCGGUGUCAGGACUGUUUGACGUGCAACUCAGAACGCAAUCUUGUGCAGAAGGCGCCUUGCACGCACAAUUCCAGCCGGGUGUGCAUGUGCAAGCAUGGGCUGUACUGUCAAACGAGCAUCCCAAACACUUGCGCUCGAUGCUCCCCCCUGACAACCUGCAAGCCCGGCUUUGGAGUCAAAAUUAGAGGCACUUCUGAGGAAGAUACGGUAUGUGAAAAAUGCCCUCCAAGGACCUUCUCUGAAGCGGAUUCAAGUACAGAGACAUGCCAGCCCCGCAGAGUCAAUACCAGGCCAGAGAAGCUUGCAGAAAAGCAAGAGAACUCUGCGCGGGACCAACUUGGGCUGGUAUCCUCUAACAUUCUGGACACAGUCACCACACAACCCAUGAACAAAUCAAACAACACUGGAAUUCCAGACAUCAUGACACAACAGAAGAUUUUAAUCAAAGAGGAAAAGGAUUUUACGCUCUUGGCAGUAGCACUUCUGUUCACGUUACUACUGUGCGCUGGCUUGGUGAUGCUGUGGAAGAAGAGAGUUUGCAAGAAGUGGACUGUCCCCCACAAAGUGACAAUGUCCAACCAGGCAAAGAUUUCUGCCACUGGAGAGAUGUCUCCCACCGAGGGGAGCCAGGAAGAGAUGGAGAUGAUACUGCCAGAAUCCCUCGCAAAUGCCUCCUCCAGCGGCUCCCUCUCGGAAACGGAAGAAACGUCCAGCCUUGACUCGGAAGGGGCUGAGCUGCUUCAGGUGGAUGGGGGGGUGCUUGUGGAGCCUGCUGUGAGGAGCCACACAAGUAACUGCAUUGAAAAAAUAUACAUCAUGAGAGCCGACACCGUGAUCGUGGGGUCUGUUUCGGAAGUGCCCAACGGUAAGGCCUGCCCUGCCAGAGGUGAAGAAGGCACCUGUGGUGCCCAAGAAGAGGCCGAGGAAACGGAAGUGGUCAUGCACUAUCCAGAACAGGAAACGGCGUUCUCUCCAAAAAGUGACAUCACAACUCCGGUCGAGGAAGAGUGGGAGUUUCCCCGUUCUGUCCUUGCCAACGAGAAGCCAUUGGAAAUCCGAGAGGAAAGUUUGGGAGGAGCCAGCUGAGCUUCUAACUGCUCACAGUGCGGACAACACUUUUAAGAGGCAAACUUGGCUGAGUUUUUUGCCUUCACAACAACCGUAUGAGGUAGUGUGAUUGUGGGAGACAGGACACACUUGCUGUCCAAUGAGAAGUGGGAGACUAUUUGACGACUAUUUAUCGUUUUAUGGGGCGAUAUUCUCCUAGGGGUUUUUUGCUGCUGACUGAGGACUCGGGAUCUCCCGCAAACAGAACAGGAAACAUAUUCU